AAUUAUAUCUCUCUCCCUCACACUCUCUCUCUCCCCUCUAUAUACAAAUAUAUGUGUAUAUAUACACACGCACAACCUCUAUAUAGUCAAAAGCUUAUCAAAUCCCACACAUCAACAAAACAGCCGGCUUCUCUCUCUCUCUCUAAAGAAGUGAGAAUUAUAAAGCAGAAACAAAGAAUUGAGGUAAAUAAUAAAGAUGGGAAGGUCUCCAUGUUGUGAAAAAUCACACACAAACAAAGGAGCAUGGACUAAAGAAGAAGAUGAUCGGCUUAUUGCUUAUAUAAGAGCUCAUGGUGAAGGUUGCUGGCGGUCACUACCCAAAGCCGCCGGACUCCUACGCUGCGGCAAAAGCUGCCGGCUCCGGUGGAUCAACUACCUCCGCCCUGAUCUCAAACGUGGCAACUUCUCUGAAGAAGAAGAUGAACUCAUCAUCAAACUCCAUAGCCUCCUUGGUAACAAGUGGUCAUUAAUCGCCGGAAGAUUACCGGGGCGAACCGAUAACGAGAUCAAGAACUACUGGAACACUCAUAUCCGAAGAAAACUUCUAAACCGGGGAAUCGAUCCCGCAACCCACCGGCCACUAACCGAUCCCAACAACCACCAAACAACCACCAUCCCAACCACCACAAACCACCACAAUGCCACCACCCCACACGACAUCAUUCCAACCACCACCACCAUCUCAUUCUCAACACCCACCACUCCAUCCCCACCGCACCACCUCAUCAAACACGAACAACAAGAUAUUAAAAUACAAAACAAUAUUAUAAAAGAUUACGAAAUAAAAACCAUCUUGCCGGUGCCGGAAAAUCAAGAACAACAACAACAACGGUGUCCGGAUUUGAAUUUGGAGCUGAGAAUUGGGCCACCUCAUCAUCAUAACCAAAACGACGUCGUGCAUGCCGUUGAGUAUCGUCGGCCGGCGUUCAUGACCGGCGGUGGUGGAAUAAUAUGUUUUGCGUGUAGUUUGGGGAUACAAAAUAGUAAGGAGUGCAGUUGUAGUUGUACUAUUAGUUUGAAUGGUACAAGUGUUAAAAGCAUGGGUUAUGAUUUUUUAGGUUUGAAAAAUGGUGUGUUGGAUUAUAGAAGCUUGGAGAUGAAAUAAGUUUAUUAUAAGUUUCAUAAAUCAAGUUGGCUAAUUUUAUAUAUUUUUUUCAACUAAAAUGCUUUGUAUUUUUUUUUCUUCAUAAAAGUAUAUUUGUUCUAGAAGAAGUAAAUAGUGAUUCCUAAUAUUCUUGUUUCUCAUAUGUAAUGCCAAAUUUUGUAAAUGUAUUUUGGUAGUUUAUUA